GCUGUGUGGAUACAAAGGAGGCUGAUAUUUAUUUCCUCAUUGAUGGCUCGACUAGCAUCCAAAAGAAACAGUUUGAGCAAAUCCAGGUAUUUAUGUCAUCAGUGAUAGACAUGUUUCCCAUUGGUCCCAACAAAGUCCGAGUUGGGGUCAUGCAGUAUUCACAUGAGAAUGAAGUGGAAUUUCCUAUCUCUCGCUACUAUGAUGACAGUAACUUAAAGAAGGCUGUUUUUAACAUCAAGCAACUAAAAGGCCAGACGUUCACUGGGAAAGCCCUAGAUUUCGUGUUGCCGAUAAUACAGAAGGGAAAGACGGAGAGGACAAAUGAGGUUCCCUGUUACCUUGUUGUGCUGACUGAUGGAAAGUCACAGGACAGUGUUCUGGAACCUGCUCAGAGGCUGAGGGCUGAACACAUCACCAUUCAUGCGAUUGGGAUUGGCGAGGCUAAUAAAACACAACUGCAACAAAUUGCUGGAACCGAUGAAAGGGUUAACUUUGGGCAAAAUUUCGAUUCUCUCAAAAGCAUAAAAAAUGAAGUUGUUCACAAAAUCUGCUCUGACAAAGGAUGUGAAGGCAUGAAGUCUGAUAUCAUGUUUUUAGUGGAUAGUUCUGGAAGUAUAGGACAUGCAAAUUUUGAGACAAUGAAAACCUUCAUGAGAAACCUGUUGGCAAAGCUUCAAAUUGGUGCUAAUAAGACUCACGUUGGUGUUGUCCAGUUCAGUGAUUAUAAUAAGGAAGAGUUCCAGCUUAAUAAAUACUUCACGCAGAAAGAAAUUUCUGAUGCUAUAGACAGAAUGUCUCUCAUUGAUAGAAACACUUUGACCGGAAGUGCACUGACCUUUGUAAAUGAAUACUUUGACCCCCACAAGGGGGGCCGCACCCAGGUCCGGAAAUUUCUCAUCCUCCUCACAGAUGGAGAAGCCCAGGAUGAAGUAAGGAAUCCUGCCAUUGCUCUUCGGGGCAAAGGUGUGACCAUCUUCUCCGUGGGCGUGUAUGGUGCCAACAGGGCUCAGCUGGAGGAGAUCAGUGGGGACAGCAGCCUAGUGUUCCACGUUGAGAAUUUCGAUCACCUGAAGGCAAUCGAAAGUAAACUCAUCUUUCAUGUGUGUGCUCUGCAUGACUGCAAGAGGAUUGAGCUGCUAGACAUUGUGUUCGUGCUGGAUCAUUCCGGUAGCAUAAGUUCACAACAGCAAGAAAGCAUGAUUAACCUCACCAUCCACUUGGUGAAGAAGGCAGAUGUUGGCAAGGACCGCGUUCAGUUUGGAGCUCUCAAGUACUCUGACAGUCCUGAGAUUCUCUUCUAUCUGAACACGUACUCAAGCAGAUCAGCCAUCAUUGAGCACCUGAGGAGGCGCAGGGACACCUCAGGGAGGACCUACACUGCCAAGGCUCUCAAGCACUCAGACAUCCUGUUCACAGAAGAGCACGGCAGCCGCCUGAAGCAAAAUGUGAGGCAGAUGCUGAUUGUUAUCACAGAUGGUGUGUCCCACGACAGAGAUGAACUCAAUGUCACAACACUGAAACUAAGGAACAAAGGCAUCAUCAUCUUCGCAGUGGGUGUAAGAGAUGCCAACCAAGAGGAACUGGAGAUUAUGGCAGGGAAUAAAGAAAACACUAUCCUCGUAGACAAUUUUGACAAACUGAAGGAUAUUUACCUGCCUCUGCAAGAAAGUAUGUGCAACAAUGCACAGGAGGUGUGUAACCUUCGGGAGGCCGAUGUGAUUUUCCUUUGUGAUGGCUCUGAUAUGGUGUCCGAUUCAGAGUUUGUUACCAUGACAACUUUCUUGUCAGACUUAAUUGAUAAUUUUGACAUCCAGUCUCAGAGAAUGAAAAUCGGGAUGGCUCAGUAUGGGAGCCGCUAUCAGGAAAUUAUUGAGUUGGAAAAUUCUUUGAACAAGACCCAGUGGAAGUCACAGGUUCGGACUGUGGCCAAGAGCAAGGGGUCUCCUCGCAUUGACUUUGCCCUUAAACACGUGAGCCGUAUGUUUCACCCAUCUGCUGGCGGGAGAAGAAACGCUGGAAUCCCUCAAACGUUGGUUGUCAUCACAUCUGGCUAUCCCCGCUAUGAUGUGGCAGGUGCGGUCAAAACCCUGAAAGACCUUGGAAUUUGUAUCCUGGCUUUGGGCAUAGGAGAUGUUUUUAAGGAACAGCUUCUGCCCAUCACAGGCAAUUCUGAAAAAAUAAUCACUUUUCAAGACUUUAAUAAAUUACAGAAUGUGGAUGUGAAAAAAAGAAUGGUCCGUGAAAUCUGCCAGAGCUGUGGGAAAACCAAUUGCUUUGUGGAUGUGGUGGUCGGGUUUGAUAUUUCGACUCACCAUCAGGGGCAGCCUUUGUUCCAGGGCCACCCUCAUUUGGAAUCAUACCUCCCAAGCAUCUUAGAGGCCAUCACCUCUCUCAGAGGGGUGAGCUGCGGGGCAGGUGCAGAGGCACAGGUGAGCCUAGCCUUUAAGGUGAACAAUGACCAAGAAUCCCUUGCUAAGUUCCAAAUCUAUCAGAAAGCAGUAUUUGACAGCUUGCUGCAAGUCACCGUUGAUGGGCCAUCUCAUCUGAAUGCACAGUUCUUGCAAUCAUUGUGGGACACGUUUGAGGAGACAUCUGCGUCCAGGGGCCAGGUGCUGCUGAUCUUUUCCGAUGGUCUCCAGGGCGAAAGCAUCACAGCGCUGGAAAAUGAGUCGGACAGGCUCAGAGAAGCAGGACUUGAUGCUCUGCUGGUGGUUUCCCUUGACACAGUUGCUCAUGAUGAGUUUUCCAGCUUUGAAUUUGGGAAAGGAUUUGAUUAUUGGACUCACCUGACCAUCGGAAUGGCGGAACUGGGCAACACGCUAUCACAGUACCUCGGAGGACGAGGAGAAACUGGACCUCAAGGAGACAGAGGGAUUGCAGGAUGUCCAGGGACGCAGGGUCAAAAGGGAGCCAAAGGAUUUUCUGGAUCUAAGGGAAAAGAUGGAGAGAGUGGAUUUGAUGGACUGGAUGGAGAAGAAGGAUUUCAUGGAUUUCCUGGGGAAAAGGGAGAGAAGGGUGAUCCUGGAUUUCAGGGCAGCCCAGGUUCCAGAGGCAUCCCUGGGGAGGACGGAGAGAAGGGCUUCCCAGGAGAACCUGGUAAUCCAGGACGAGACAGUGUCACCAAAGGCCGAAAGGGCGCGAAAGGCAAACAAGGAAGACAAGGUAGAACUGGGCAAAAGGGGAGACAAGGCAGUCCUGGCUCCAGAGGAAGGAUGGGACUAGAAGGCCACAGGGGGCCCCAGGGUCCCUUGGGGGAAACAGGAAACCCAGGACCUCAAGGUGUACAGGGCCCUGGAGGAUUGCAUGGCCCACAGGGGUCAAGUGGAAAUCGUGGCGUGAAAGGAGAAAAAGGAAGUGAGGGGCACAAGGGACCCCAGGGUGCUCCUGGUCUAGCAGGACCUGAAGGGAGCAUCGGAAGAUCUGGAAUUUUGGGGAGAAAGGGAGAGCCUGGAGUGCCUGGAGCUACGGGGCCACUGGGGGCCCCUGGACAACGAGGAAAACAGGGAGACUUUGGCAUCCCUGGCUAUGGUCAAACAGGACGAAAAGGAGUGAAGGGCUCAACAGGAUUCCCUGGAGACUCAGGGCAGAAGGGUGAUGCUGGAGAUCCUGGAAUUCCUGGAGGACCUGGACCCAAAGGAUUUCGGGGACUAACUCUUACUGCAGGCUUGAAAGGUGAAAGGGGAAUUCAGGGACCUCAAGGCCCUCCUGGACGGAGAGGUCCUAAAGGCACAGCAGGGCAGCCUGUAUAUCCUCCAUGUGAGCUGAUCCAAUUCCUGCGAAAUCACAGUCCUUGUUGGAUCGAAAAGUGUCCAGUAUAUCCAACAGAGCUGGUAUUUGCCCUGGACCAGUCCUCUGGUGUCACAGAACAGAGAUUCAAUGAAACAAAGGAUAUAAUCAGUUCCAUCGUCAAUGACCUAAACAUCAGGGAAAAUAACUGUCCCGUGGGAGCAAGAGUUGCUGUGGUUUCCUAUGCCUCUGACACCAGCUAUCUUGUCCGCUCAUCUGACUACCACAGCAAGAAGCAACUCCUGCAGCGUCUUUCUCAAAUAAAAUAUCAAGUCUCCUCAGAGGCCCGGGACAUUGGCAAUGCCAUGAGGUUUGUGGCCCGCAACGUUUUCAAGCGGACGUCUGCUGGAGCCAAUGUCAGGAGAGUUGCGGUGUUUUUCAGCAAUGGUCAGGCAGCCAGUAUAUCACCCAUCCUCACAGCCACCAUGGAGUUCAGCGCCCUGGACAUCAGCCCUGCAGUCUUUGCGUUUAAUGAAAGGGAUUUCCUUGAUGAGGCUUUUAGGUUUGACAACACUGGGACAUUUCAAGUGAUUCCAGUUCCUCCAGAUGGGGACUAUGAACCACUAGAGAGACUUCGACAUUGCACACUUUGCUAUGAUAAGUGUUUUCCAAAUACCUGUGCUGAAGAGACUUUCCUACCUGAAAAUUCAUACAUGGAUGUAGCAUUCAUUGUAGACAAUUCCCGAAAUAUAGCAAGUGAUGACUUCAGGGCCAUGCAAGCCUUGAUGAGCUCAGCGAUUGACAACUUCAACAUUGCUUCCAACCCUUCAACCUCUUACUCUGGUGAUAGGGUUGCCUUGUUGAGCUAUUCGCCUUGGGAUGCUUCCAGGAGAAAGAAGAAUACAGUAAAGACAGAGUUUGAGUUUACAACUUAUGACAACCAAGCCGUCAUGAAAAACCACAUUCACACUUCCCUCCAACAGCUAAAUGGAGAAGCCACCAUUGGUCUUGCCCUACAGUGGGCUGUGGAGAGUCUGUUCCCAGGAACCCCCAACUUAAGAAAAUACAAAAUCAUCUUUGUGGUUUUAGCUGGAGAAAAUCAUGAGAGAAAGGAAUUUGUGAAGAAGAUGGCUUUGAGGGCCAAAUGUCAAGGCUAUGUCAUAUUUGUGAUUUCUCUGGGCCCCACACAGAAGGAUGACAUGGAGGAGUUAGCUAGCUACCCACUCGAUCACCAUCUGAUACAGCUUGGAAGAAUACAUAAACCAGAUUUGAAUUAUAUUGUGAAGUUUCUAAAGCCGUUUGUAUAUUCAGUCAGAAUUGGAUUCAAUCAGUACCCACCACCGAUGCUGGAGAACGCCUGCAGCCUCAUCAAUUUAGAAGGGGAGGAUGAGCUGAUCCUGGGUCUCCAAUUGACUGAUGAGCUACAUGAGGUUUCUCCAAGCAAGAACAGUGUUGUUGGUCAGGAUCUGAGUGUUGGGGAAGGCUCAGCUUUUGUGUUGGAGGACCAUGGAGGUGACCAUUUGGUUUACAUUCCAAGCCAAAUGUUAGAGUCACGUAAAUUAUUGAGUCACUAUGAAAAGGAUCAAGGAUCUGCAGUAAUGGCAAGUCUCACUUCUGAGCAUGAAAAUCAUGGCAGAAAAGAACCAAGUCUUUCUGACAAGCCUGGAGACAUCACUCUUCAAGACUAUUACAUGGAUGUGGCGUUCCUCAUAGAUGCUUCCCAAAGCACAGGAAAUGAUGAGUUUAAGGAAGUGAAAGCCCUCAUAACUUCAGUGCUUGAUUACUUUCAGAUUGCCCUGGAUCCACUGACCUCUGUCUUAGGAGACAGAGUGGCUGUCCUUACCUACUCUCCUCCAGGCUAUACGCCCAGUGCUGAGGAAUGCCCGGUCUACCUGGAAUUCGAUUUGGUUACUUAUAAUACUGUAUACCAAAUGAAGCAUCAUCUCCAAGACUCUCUUCAGCAGCUCAAUGGAGAUGUUUUUAUUGGCCAUGCCCUGCAGUGGACAAUAGACAAUGUCUUCAUAGGAACCCCCAAUCUGAGGAAAAACAAAGUUAUCUUUAUAGUAUCUGCUGGUGAAACCAACCCUUUAGACAAGGAAGUCUUAAGGAACGCAUCUCUGAGAGCCAAGUGUCAAGGCUAUUCCGUAUUUGUAUUUUCCUUUGGUCCUGUACACAAUGACAGGGAUCUAGAAGAAUUAGCCAGCCACCCUGUGGAUCAUCACUUAGUGCAGCUUGGCCGGACACACAAGCCAGAUUUUGACUACAUUGUCAAGUUCAUAAAGCCAUUUGUCUAUUCAGUCAGACAUGCCAUCAACAAAUACCCCAGUGGCAAUCUGAGAGCGAAGUGUGUUACCACCACCUUUCCCAGUCCAGAGAGCGUUGACACAGAAGACACUGUACUACUUAUCCCCGAGGUGUAUGAAAUUGAGACAGGAAACAGUGAGCUGUUUGGAGACUCUGGUUCCCAGGAACAGAAUCUCCUAUGGAACAACCGUAGUAACCACUUGGGGACCACUGCUGAUUUGAUUCAGGAGUUGUACCUGCUCGUUUCUCCUGGAGAACUGAUGAUAAAUGACAAGAAAGUGCCACAUUCAGAAGAAACCGCGGCUCCAGUGAAUGAUCAGCAAGGUGAUGAAGACGAAAGGUGAGCACGGUGGGUAAGAAGAGAGCUUGAGAAGAGAGCUCGGUGGGCAUGAAGAAUUCCAUGUGGUUCCAGCCAGAAGGUGUAAAUCAUUUGUUAGAGUGGGGGCGGGGGGAGUAAGAAUUUUCAUGCAAAACUGGAACUAAAUUUAGUUAGUCUCAAAUCUGAAGGAAAGGCUCUUCUGAGUAAAGACAUCGACUAACAGACCUGAGAAGUAGGAAUGGGACUUCGUCUCUCCCGAGAAGGGGGAACCCUGGGCUGGAAGAAGUAACGCAGUCUUUCCUGCGAUGUUGAUUUUCACCAGUUUAGAUGAUGCGUCUACCAAAAGAAGAUUUUUGUCAUAGUUUUUAGUACAUGUGUAUCUCAUAUUAGACCCUUGGGUAAACACAAUUUAUAAUUAGAAUUUCCUAGGACCUGUCUUUUACCCAUUUAUAGAAGUGCAAACUUAAACCAUGCCUUUGGUUCUAAUAUAACCCAAAAUUGCACCUAGCACUGGUUACCUGAUGAACAUCCACCCCCACCCUGACUGCUGCCACCUAGAGUCAGUGUGUUUCCUUUACCAGGACAUUUACAAAAUAGUGAAUUCUUAAGAAUGAAAGGGAGAGAAGAGGAUUUUUUAUGUACUGCAUUCUUUUACGAUCACUUUUAUAUUUCAAUGUGCUUUGCUCUGUGUGUACUUGAUUUCCACUGCAAAAAAUAAAUCAUGAAAACACAUGAAUACGCUGUAGGAACAGAGCUGU